AUGGGAAAUUUCGGUGGCCACGUGUACCCAGGACUCUUCCUGGUCCUGUACUCACUGCACCAGGCCACCGUAGUGUCCAAGGACCUGAUAGUUGGCAACCCCAUCCAGCAGCCCCCACAUGCUGCCAGGAGCCAGGGCAGGUGGGCCUGGCUGUGGACUGUGUCUUACACUGGGGUGCUGAAGACAGUGGCCGGCUCCCUCUUGAUGGUUUAUGAGGUCAACUGUGUGGAAGGGGGCUUGGUGCUGAUGGACCGGGGGCUGCCGCCCAGGUUCAUGUACCCCCAGGAGUGGCAGCACCUCACCAUGUUUACCCUCCUGGCCCUGCUGGGCUGCGUGGAGCUCGUGAGCAAGCACCUACUGCCUCGCAGGUGCCUGGCCCUGGAGCAGGGCGCCCUGGCUCUGGGCUUCUACGAGCUGCUGCUGCUGCUGGCGUCACAUGUCAAGGAGUCGUCGGGCGUGGAGCUGCAGGUGCACAUCUUGCUCAUCCUGGUGGUGCUGCUGCUGGUGCUGGUGCUGACCGCCCAGCUCUGGGCCCCCCACACCUGCUGCCUCCACGUCAUUCAGACCUUCCUCUUCCUCCUCAUGGGCUCCUGGCUGAUGCAGGCCGGCUUCAUCCUGUACAGGCCAGUCUCGGGCUACCCAUGGCAGGAUGACGACAUCAGCGACAUCAUGUUUGUCACCACGUUCUUCUGCUGGCACGUGAUGGGCGACGCCCUGUGCCUGCUGGGGGUCCAUGGCCUCUCUCUGCUGUGGCUGCGCUGCCGCAGCCUGGGCCUGAAGCCGUCCCCCGUGGGUGCCCCAGGGCCCCACUAUGCGCUGCUGCGGGAGGGAGCACAGCCAGAGACGGAAGAGCAGGCCCUCCUGGUCCAGAUGUACCCUGAGACCGGACCUGGGCUGCCUAGGCCCUAG